AACUUCAAUUCACUCCGUUUUGUGCUGUCAACGGAGGAAGUUUUUGGUAUUUGUGUUGGGUGUCAGCUUUUAAUACAUCUAUUCGUUCGUUGAUUAUAAACAAUUAGGUGCGAUUUGUUGGUGACGAAAGCAUGGAUAGGAUUAGGGAUAUAUUGAGCAUGAGGCUCUCGUUUUUAGCAGUAAUUUUAGUUUCCCAUAUUAUUUAUAAUCCCACAAAUAGUGGUGCUGUGUCGUUAACACAGCAAACAAUAGAUAUGACUCUAGCCUCAAAUGAACUAGUCUUUAUUAAUUUCUACGCCGACUGGUGUAGGUUCAGCAACAUGUUGAUGCCUAUCUUUGAUGAGGCUGCUGAUAAGGUUACUGAAGACUUCCCAGAUGCUGGAAGAGUAGUUAUGGCCAAAGUGGAUUGUGAUAAGGAGAGUGCAAUCGCUACUCGAUUCCAUAUCACCAAGUAUCCAACCCUUAAAGUAAUCAGGAAUGGGCAACCAGCCAAAAGAGAGUUCAGAGGGCAGAGAUCUGUUGAGGCUUUCGCUAGUUUCGUUAAGAAGCAAUUGGAGGAUCCAAUCAAGGAGUUCCAUUCCAUCAAAGAGCUUACUGAGCUGGAAUCGGCUAAGCGAAUAAUCAUUGGUUAUUUUGAUCGCAGAGAUCAACAAGAGUACAAUAUGUUCAGAAGGGUGGCCGGGAAUUUGAAAGAUGAUUGCCAGUUCCAUGUCGGUUUUGGAGGUGCCUCGGAGCAGAUGCAUCCGCCCGGGCAGCCCGUCAUCGUAUUUAGGCCUGACAAGGAUAGGUCCAAUGCUGAUGAUGAGACUUAUAUGGGAAAAAUGGAUAAUUUCGAUGAAAUGCACGUGUGGAUUUCGAAUAAAUGCGUUCCUUUAGUUAGGGAAAUCACAUUUGAAAACGCCGAAGAACUCACCGAGGAAGGUCUGCCGUUUUUGAUCCUCUUCCAUAAACCCGAUGAUAACGAGAGCAUCAAGAAGUACAAUGAUUUAGUUCAAAACGAAUUACUUUCCGAGAAACAAACUAUUAAUUUUUUGACUGCCGAUGGAAAAAAAUUCGCUCAUCCGCUGCAUCAUUUGGGUAAAGGUGAAAGCGAUCUUCCGUUGAUCGCCAUAGACAGCUUCAGACACAUGUAUCUGUUCCCAAAUUUCAAAGACAUGGAUGAUCCCGGAAAGUUGAAGCAGUUCAUCCAAGAUCUGUACUCCGGGAAGCUGCACAGGGAGUUCCACUACGGUCCCGACUCGGAUGACGGCAAUAACAACCACAAGGCUCCAACAAAUCCUCCAUCCAGUACCUUCAAAAAGCUAGCGCCAUCCAGAAAUCGUUACACCCUGUUGAAGGACGAGCUCUAAAUUCUGUCUACAAUUUACUUCAUUCUAUCUACUUAUUUUAUUUUCAUUUCUUUUAUAAUUACUUCAGAGAUAAAAUACCUUUCGAAUUU